AUGCCGGAAAAGCUUGCAGAGAUCCAGAGGCUGGCCAUGCUCACGGUCAGCUUCGAGAGGAAGAAAAAGUCUUCCGAGCACAGCCAGUGCUACCGCUGCCAGCGGUACGGGCACACACAGCGGAACUGCCGUCUCGCUGAACGGAUGAUGAACAGCAAGGGGAUUCAAUUCGCCAAGGCGAGGACGACGGGUACCAGUGUGAAGGUAUUCACAAAUACACCAGCUGACUGCCGUCAGCUAGUCGCACUGCUGGAAUCCAUCAAGCGGCCCUUCUUCACCUAUCAACUGAAGGAGGACAGGAUGGACCAGAGGGUCAUUCGUGGGCUACCCAGAGAGAUGUCAGUCAAUGACAUCAAAGAGGAUCUGGUGAGCCAAGGCAUCGCAGACGCCGAGGUUCAGCAGAUGACCUCAAGGACCACCAAGAAGCCACUUCCGCUCUUCCUCGUCAAGACGAAGAUGCCGGAAAAGCUUGCAGAGAUCCAGAGGCUGGCCAUGCUCACGGUCAGCUUCGAGAGGAAGAAAAAGUCUUCCGAGCCCAGCCAAUGUUACCGCUGCCAGCGGUACGGGCACACACAGCGGAACUGCCGUCUCGCUGAACGGUGCGUUAAGUGUGGAGAAGACCACAACAGCACCAGCUGCAGUCUGCCAGCGCCGCCAACAGGGCAACGAAACGCCAAGUCUGGAAGAGACACCUAUGGAUACGAUGCGAUUGGUUAUGUGCAGUUAAAAAGAGAACGGGGUAUCUGUAUUGUAAAAUUCAGGAUUAUGCCCGAACAUAGAGUUAAAAGCAAACCGUGUCAUUGCAGAUUUGAAUGCGACGAAAAGGGGGAUACAGUAAUCAAGCUACAAUGCAGUGGUUGUGCUGCACAAGAGGGUGGCUGCAAGCAUGGUGUAUUAAUGUGGCUGCACAGAAGAAGCAAAGAACUACCAUGCACUUCCGUGAACACCGACAAUCCGCCCAGCUUGCCGGAGAGACCUGGUGCAAGAGGCCACACAGUUGCUUCGUCGGCGAUGACGCCGUCUUCUGUGCAUGAGGAAGCGACCCAAAGCGUCGCGACGGUGGCUGAGAAAUUGUGCGAUGUCAAUGACCCCGGCAGCAGCGUCGUGCUGCUUCGCACGCUGAAUUUACAGGUUAUUGACUUUGACGGAGAUACACACUCUUAG